UCAACCCUAGUUUUGUUUCUCCUCUUUAGAAGAAUGAAGAUUGUAGGGUUCAUAGCAGUAGGUUCGAAGGCUUACAAAUGGUUUUUCAGUAGUAAGAACAUGUUUAAGCUCAACCUCUCUUUCCUUAGUUCAAGACCCAACAAAAGCCAUAGCCCCCCUUAUUUCUGUUCAUCUCUUCCUACUGAAAGUAGCAACAGUGUCGCAAGAGAUGAGGAGCUUGUGAGAGUUUUUGAUCAUUUUGACACCAACAAAGACGGUAAGAUCUCAGCCAACGAACUUCAAGCUUACUUCCUGUCGAUCGGGGAACCUAUGUCCAUUGGUGAGGCUCAGAGUGUGAUAAAAGAGUUGGACAAUGAUGGUGACGACUUGCUGGAGUUUGAUGACUUUGUCAAAUUGAUGAGGCGAGAGGAUAUUAAUGCCAAUGAAAAUGAUGAUCUUAAGAACGCUUUUGAGAUGUUUCAAGUUGAUGAAGGCUGUGGAUGCAUUACACCAAAAGGAUUGCAGAACAUGCUCAAUAGACUCGGAGAUGCCAAAUCAUACGACGAGUGUGUAUCCAUGAUCGGCGUCUUUGAUCUUGAUGGAAAUGGUGUUCUUGAUUUCCAUGAAUUUCAGAAGAUGAUGAGUUCAACAUGAAGUACCGUGUGCUUGUGCGGUUGAGAUAUUCUGUUUUGUUGUCAAAUUUGUAAAGCAAAUGGUUGUGCUAUUGGUGCAGGCCUUGCUAAAAGGUGUUUGUUAGAAUGCAUAAGUUAUGUAGUGACGUCUGAUAUUAUUUCUAGAUGUUCUUACAGUAUGGGGUUUAGGCUCAAUGUCCCCCCUUGUAUUCUGCAGUUUCGUUACGGCGUGAGUGCAGUCGACAGCCCAUUUCAAAAACAAAACAAAAAACUGUUUC